CAUCGUUCUUGCGCGAGUGCGCGCUCAGGAGUCGCGCGUUCAAGUGCCUGGAUCCUUCUGCUACUCGUUCGCUCGCACACAGUACGUUCAGUCAGUGGCUUCAAACAGGUUUGGGAUUUCUACGCUCGCAGUGGCACCCGGAACCGUCACCUAAGCGCAUCCCUGGCAAACAUGUCCAAGUUGGAGCAGAUUAUCAUUCUUGAUCCACCGACCGAUCUUAGAUUUAAAGGUCCUUUCACAGAUGUGGUGACCACUAACCUGCGUCUGAAGAAUCCAUCCGACAGGAGAGUAUGUUUCAAGGUGAAGACCACAGCGCCGCGGCGCUACUGCGUACGACCCAACAGUGGAGUCAUAGACGCAGGAGCCACUGUCACUAUAUCAGUAAUGCUACAGCCGUUUGACUACGACCCCAAUGAGAAAAGUAAACACAAAUUUAUGGUGCAGACCAUCUACGUUCCAUCCAGUGGCACUGACAUGGAGGCUAUGUGGAGAGAUGCGCGGCCAGAAGACCUCAUGGACUCCAAACUAAGAUGUGUCUUCGAUAUGCCUACCGAAAACGAUAAGCAUGAGGUGGAUUCUGCUAAGCCGGCGCCAGUUCUGAACUCCUCGCGAGUGGAUGGCCCGUCGGGUCUGAGAGGUUCCACGAUGGACGAUACGGAGAUGAGGAAACUUCUAGAAGACUGCAAGAGACUGCAGGCUGAGAUGAGCAAACUAGCCGACGAGAACCGACAACUCAGGGACGAUGGUGUGAGAAUGAGGAAGCCCAUGUGGUCAGACAACGUCAUGUCCAACGCCAGCGCUCUGAUUGGCCGGGAGUCGGCUGUCAGCUCCCUCCCUUCCCUCCUCGUCGUCAUAGCAGCCAUCUUCAUCGGGUUCUUCCUGGGCAAGUUUGUGUUGUAGGCGGAUCUGAGGUUGGGACUGGGGGCUGUCUGUCCGUCUGUCUCGCAGCCUGUCCGCUGUCCCUGUCAGCCUUUGUGUGUGUGUCAGUGUGAGUGUGUUGAUGUGUGUGUGUGUGUAUGUGUGUGUGUGUGUGUGUGUGUAUGUGUGUCGGUCCGUCUCAUGUCUGUUUGUCAGUCUGGUGUGGGAGAGGGCGGGGGAGGGAGGGGUUACAAGGGCUGGAGAAGCUUAUCAUACACUCUGCCGUAUCAUUACCUGUGGUGGGGCCUGCCUGAAAGUCACACACACACACACACACACGCACCCACAGACACACACACACACACACACACACACACACACACACACACACACACACACACACACACUCAUACACACAUACACACGACACAUACACACAAUACAUGUCAUGUAUACAUACUGUAUACACAAUACGCAGAAACAGACACACACACAUACACACACACACACACACACUACAUAACUUCUAUGCACAAGCAUAUGCACUACAUGUACAUUACAUCUACAUAAUAAGGACACACUCUCUACACAAGCUGUAUCGAUACACACAUACACACACACUCUUUAGGUCUGGCCUGUUUUGCAAUCAGUCACACUCGUACCACUCACUGAGCAUAGAGUGGUAUUCCUCUUUCACUAUCUUUGUUUGUUUGUUUAUGGGAAGAUGGAGAGAUGAAUGCUGUCUGUGUGUUGUCCUGUGGAGGAAAAAGAGGCAGAGAGGCUCAAGGAACGAGUGAUGAACUGUCCUCUGAAGUGGAAGAGAAGAGAGAGAGAGUGAGUGAGUGAGAGAGAGAUGAAAGUGUGUCCCUGUUCCUCUGAGUGCAGAGGUCCAUUUCUCAUUUUUUUGUCUUCCUUUUCUUUUCUUUUUCUCUCUUCCUGGAGUCCCUCCAUCCCUCACUCGCGCUGGGUCUCAGUGGAGGGUGGCUGGAGGGCCAUAUGCUUUUAAUUCUUUUAAAAAGGAAGAGAACUUCCACUGUCAAAAAUAAAUAAAGUAAAUAAUAGGAAACGAUCAAAAGUAAGGAAGGGAGAGAGAGUGAAGAAAAAACGGGACAGAGAGAGAGCAAGAGUGAAAGAGAAAAAAAGGAGAGCAAAAAAAAACAAUCCUUCCCUAGAACCUCACACAGUCAGCACAGUAACGGUUCACUUUUAACAAUUGCUUUAUUUUAUUACUUUUGUUUUCCCCCUCUUUCUCACUCCCUCCCUCUCUCUCUCACUCUCCUUGUGGGUGAGUUGUCAGGCAGACCACAGACGGAGGUGCCUCUUACAUCAUUGUUGUUUUUGUACAUCUGAUUUCUCUUCCCUAACACAACACAAGCUGUUUUAUUACUGUUAUUGUUAUUAUUAUAAUUAUUAUAAUUAUUAUUAUUAAUGACUCAUGCUUUUGUUUUGAUGCUGUGUCCUUACUGAGGCGUAAGGUGACUGAAUAUGAACUCUGUUCAUCUCUCCUCCUGUCCCUUGCUAUUCAACGUUUCAGAGAAAAGAAAAACAUGAAAAAAAAACAUAAAAAAGAAUAAACACCUUAA